UUAGGUGUCAUCACGUGCGGCUGGGGUGGUGUCAGUAACUGCUGUGGAGGGCUAAGGAGCUCUCAAAUUCCUUUCGACUUAGAAAAAACGCAUAUUUAUCGAUUAAUCAGACCUUCACAAUUAAAUUCAAACAAAUACGAUCACUUUGCAUCAUGUUCAAAAAGCAUUGUGUCAGUGCAUGGGAGGGUAACUCAGAGACUGUCAAGUCUAAUGGCUGCAAUAUUGAUUCUUUUGAUGGAGCGGAGGAAGAUUGGAGAAAGAAUAGCAGUUUGCCACUGAGGACCUGGCCUCAAGAUGUUGGCAUUAUUGCUAUGGAAGUUUACUUCCCAGCACAAUUUGUUGACCAAGCUGAAUUAGAAGACUUUGAUGGUGUGUCAAAGGGCAAAUACACCAUUGGGCUUGGUCAAACUCGCAUGGGCUUCUGCAGUGAUUGUGAAGACAUCAACUCUUUAUGCCUCACAGCCCUUACCCAAUUGAUGGAAAAAACUGGUAUUGAUUACACAAGUAUUGGAAGGCUUGAAGUGGGCACUGAAACUUUAGUUGAUAAAAGCAAGAGUGUGAAGUCAUUUCUGAUGACUGCGUUUGCAGCGUCGGGCAACUCUGAUGUUGAGGGUGUUGACUCAACCAAUGCCUGCUAUGGAGGCACCGCUGCACUAUUUAAUGCUGUUAAUUGGGUGGAAAGUUCUGCCUGGGAUGGCCGGUAUGCAGUGGUGGUGGCAGGAGACAUCGCCGUGUACGCCAGCGGUGCGGCCAGACCCACAAGCGGUGCCGGUGCCAUCGCCAUGUUAGUUGGACCCAAUGCCCCACUGGUCCUCGAUCGCGGAGUACGCAGCAGUCACAUGAAUCACAGCUAUGACUUCUACAAACCUGUGAUGAGCUCAGAGUAUCCUAUUGUUGAUGGCAAACUUUCCAUCCGAUGCUACUUUGCUGCCCUUGACUCAUGUUACAAGACCUACCUCUCCAAAGCUCGCAAACAUCUCGACGAAGAAGUGAAGAGCUUGGCUGACUUCAAGGCUGUUCUCUUCCACACUCCGUACUGCAAACUAGUCCAGAAGUCGUUUGCUCGUCUUGCAUAUAAUGACUUCCGCUGCCUAUCUCCUGAAGCUGCAGCAGCUCUUCAUCCUUCACUUACUGCUUUCAGAGAUUUGCCACUUGAAGAUACUUACUUCAACCGUGAUAUUGAGCAAGCAUUCAUGGCAUCAAGCGAAGAAGCUUUCCUGACGCAGACCAAACCAUCGCUGCUGCUGGCAACUGAAGUGGGCAACAUGUACACGCCGUCGCUCUAUGGCGCAUUGGCUUCCUUCCUUGCCGGGUACUCGGCCGACCCUGACUCGCUGGUAGGCAGUCGGCUGUGCCUGUUCUCGUACGGCUCAGGCUUGGCCUCGACCAUGUACAGCAUCGUCAUAAAAUCUGGCUUAGCUCAGCAACGUCUGGGGGCUGAUGUCAGAUUACCUUCUAGCAAUGGACAGGCAGGUUGGAGUCUGUCACAGUUGGUGUCUUCGCUGUCUGACCUGCAACAGAGACUUGCGUCGAGACAGAAAGUGCCGCCGCAAAUCUACAGUGACAUCAUGAAGCUCAGAGAGUCCACGCAUCAUUUGGCUCCAUACAAGCCCGUGGGUUGCACCAGCUCUCUGCUGCCCGGCACGUGGUACCUGACGUACAUCGACGACCUGCAUCGCCGUCAGUAUGAACGCGUCCCCCGCAGCGCCUCCUCCUCGGCAGGCGCUGGCGCCACUGCCACUCGAGCUGCCGCCGAUAUCACCGGCGCUGAAACGGCUGCAAAAAUUCCCAAAUGCAUCGAGACGAAUGUUUUUGGUGUAACUCAAGCGUUAACAACAGAAAUUUCAGAGGCUAAUGCCACCGCUAAAGUUGCCAGUGAGGCUCCAAUUUCUGCUUUGACACAAGCGUCGGCAGCUGUUGUCGCGGCAGCGGUCCGGACGUGAUCUCGUUCUGAUCGGCGCAUUGAAUUAUCAAUUUUUAAAUUUUCCUUGAUUGCCCCGAAACAGAGAACAGAAGGCAGCUUUCAAUAUGUUGUUUUUGCACCGUCGCAAGAUAUGGUCCAUGAGUUUUAACUGCGCGCGUUCAACUUUGGCUAUGCCCGCUUCUCAGCUAUGCAUCGCUAUUAGUGUAUAUUUUCAUUCAAUCGGCAGAAUUGUACGUUUUCGUGUACAUAAGAGAUAAAAAUAUCAGAAAUAAGUGCUUGAAUCUGACUUGGUCGAUCUUUUUGUUAUAUUUUAGUGUACUAGAAUAAUUUGCAUGCUAGCUUACUAUUGCACGUCGUCAUUGUUAAAUAGCAGCAAAAUCAAAGUUUUUUUCUGGUCUACACUUCAUGAAGCUUUUGUUUCAUCUUGUUGCUCUAGUCGAGUAUUUUCGCUUAGCUAUAUUCUGUGAUACUUUGAAGCUGUACUCUUCUGACGAGGCUACGUAGAUCUUUACCGUUCAUCUUCAGGCAUUGCUGGUCGAACUCCUCCUGAGUCCUGACUUACAUACUGCGGCCUUUCCAGCGAUUACUUUUAUUAGCGGCAGUUCGUUAUCACUAGUCUUCUUUCAAGUAUGAAAACAAAAAUUGUCUAUUUGAGUAUGACUGAAAAUAGUGUUCGUUUGAGUAUCUAAUACGAUUGCUAGUAUUUUUGUUUGAGUUUGAUCGGCGAUGUGUUCAAUUAAUUGAAUGUCUUUUCAAUUACAGAAUCACAACUUUGUCACUCAAUGAAAAUUUUAAGUUUGUUCAGUUGCUUCGAACACAAUUCAGUUUAAAGCAAUGAUUCUGAAAGGUCGAAUCAAAGCUUCAACAAUUAUUGUUUUGUGAGUUAGAAGUAUUCUUGUUAGUUAAAGAUCGUGAUUAUAUUUUUGAUGUUUACUGCAUCUUCACCAAAGUCAUUUGCAGGAAGUUGCCGUGGGCGGAAAUCGAUCUGAAACCGUCGUCGGCUCGUACUGUGCAGCCUAGACGACGUUGUUCUCUAUUCAUUCUAUUACAUAUCUGCGUAUCAAGCAAUAUAUUCUCUUUCCAGUUUUAUAGAAUUAAUGAGUAUGAGAUUUAUUGGAUUUCACCGCUGAUAGAGAUUUUGAUGUGGACCAAUUUUCCUAAUAGCUUUUAUUUGAGUUUGUAGAGUAAAAGUGUAGCCUCUCAACACCUGAACUUUCCAUUGUUUUUAACACUAAAUGGAAGGCACAUUAUUGAAGGCAUUCAUUAUAUUGAAGGCAUUGAUGAAGAAAUUGAGACGCUGAUUCGUGAGGCCUCCAUUCCUGAGAUGUGUACUAAUUUACUUAACUUUUUUUUCAAACAUGCAAAUACCUUCAUUGUGUAUUAAACAUCUAAAUUCUGUCAAGAUGUUCCCGACAUGAGGAUUAGGGAGCAUAACUUGUGACUUCGAGUAAUUUUUAUCAAGCUGUCCUGGAUUUGGGAAGAAGUUAUAUCAAUUUGAGUAUUUUUUAAAUUCUUUUCAUUUGACAUAAUCUUGUGCUUAGCUACUUAUGUUUAGGCAUUGAAUUUGAAAGUUUUUGGUUAUAAAUUCAACAAUUAUCUACUCUAUAUUAUUUUCUGAUAUUCUCGUUUUUAGUUGGGACAGUUUAGUUGAAUUAAAAGUAUCUGAUGAUAUAAAAGCAAAUUUGAAAAAGGUUUCAUCAAUUGAAGCUCCUUGUAGUGCGCGUAUGAACUCGACUCAGGGCCAACUAUCCCCAAAAUCGUCAAAAUAAUGCACAGAUAUUGAAAAAUUACACGCACAUGCUUCUAUAACUGGGUGCUGAGUUUCCUGUUCAAACUCCCUACACUAAUGGUAUUACUAGUUCUCAGAGCGAACGUAGUCGAUUAGAUGUCAGAAUAAUCAACGUGAGCCGACUAUUUUAUCUACUAUUCCGUUUUUUAUAGGCAUAUUACACUAAGUUUUCACAAGCAGCACUUGUAAAUAGUAAUACCAUGACUGUUUUCGUUGUAUACCAUCAACGAGCCAAGAUGGUUUUGAAGUAUUAAAAAAUAACACUUCAGACCGUACUUAUCUGCUGAUGAACUAUUUAGUCGUAGUCCAUUUCCUGCGUGUGAACGCAAGUGUGUCUACAUACUGUGUAGCGCGGUGCUCACUAAACUUGAAUACUCAAGGCACCCUGGCGGUGUGCGAUGUCCUGAUUUUGAAUCUGAGGCUGAAUCUUUUUCCUUUAUUCCUACUUUUAUAUCUCUCAAAAGUUACAAAUUUGUUAUUCGUAUAUUGGUGAUUCUGGAUCCGCAGAAUUUUCUCCGUUUUCUCCCUGAACGCCGUUUUCAACGUUAUGGAAUGCACUUAGGUUAAUUGUAUUUUUAAAGCCUGCGAAUAUUUCUUUUCCUUGAGGCGAUCUAUACUCAAGGAAAAACUGCGGUUAAUCAAUAGUCAAAUAGUCCUUCAUAAUCGUUAUUUUCGUCUGAAAAUUUCAAAAUUGCAUUUGUUUAUCAAAUUUUAUUCAUGUAGUUCAUGUUAUGGACUGACAAGUUAUUCAUGUGACGAUUGGAAAGUUGUAUUUGUUCUUCAAAUAUUAUUUAGGUUGUUCAUGUGAUAAACUCCUUGGCGGAGUUCUAAAGUGAGAAGGGGCCAGUAUAUCUGCAUUUCUGUCAAGUUUUUGUUAAUAAACGUGCGUUCAGCAA